AUGGAGCAAGCUAUUGGCGCCAAGGGGGGAGAUUGGAUGGAAGGAGGAGGAGAGGUCAGGGAAGAGAGCUCGGCAGCUGAACCUACGCUCGCUAGCGUGGGCAUGCAUAGCCAGUUGGUCUGCAGCGGCUGCAAGCGCCUUCUUCAGUACCGCAGGGGAGCCACCGGCGUCUGCUGCCCAACCUGCAACACUUUCACCACCGCUAACCCAUCAGGACCGGAGAUGUCUGAACUCGUGUGUGGCGGCUGCUUCACCAUGCUGGUUCACUCCCGCAGCGCCACCAACAUACGCUGCCCUCACUGUGGCAGGCUCAACUCCACAAGAUCAGGAAACCAAAUGGGGCACCUGUCAUGCGGGCAAUGCCGGACAACUCUGGCAUAUCCACCGGGAGCGACGACAGUCGGGUGCCCAACAUGCCGCAACAUCAAUCCAGUCAGGAACAACAACGCCGGUGGCUCUGCACGGCCAGCGCAAUCGGAUGCUCGGCCCCAGACGGUUCUGGUGGAGAAUCCUAAGACGCUGGAUGAAAAGGGCAAACUGGUGAGCAAUGUCGCCGUUGGUGUCACCUCAUGGAAAAGAUGA